AUGGUGGAAGAAAUACCACUGUUUUUCCCACCAACAAAACCCAUCGACGAAGCCGAACUACAAGAUACGGGCACAUCUAGUAAGAAACGUUAUCUUCGUCGUCAUCAUGAGAGUGGCCAGGAAACCCUUAUGGCGGAUUAUUUUGUCGAGGAAUCGGAAUAUAAUGAAGAUAUUUUUCGUCAUAGGUUACGUAUAUCAAAACGUUUGUUUCUAAAAAUUGUGAGCGACGUGGAAGCGAAUAACCCAUGGUUUGAAGAGGGCGUAGAUGCGAGAAUGAAGAAAGGUUUUACACAGUUGCAAAAAGUUACAUCGGCUAUUAAACAACUUGCAACCGGUAACACUCCAGACGAGAACGACGAGUAUUUACAUAUGGCCGAAAGGACUUCCCGCGAGUGUCUAGAAUAUUUCUGCGAAACGGUAUGUAAAAUAUACGCUCCCGAGUUCUUACGUAGGCUAACAAGCCACGAUAUGGCGCUUUUGUACCAAGCUCAUGAGGAUAAACACCACCUUCCUGGUAUGGUGGGUAGCCUUGAUUGCACCCAUUUCGUAUGA